ACACCCGUGUGUGGCAAUCGUCCGAUUGUAUUGUCCUGCAAGCAAAACCACACAUAUUUGCACGGGGAAUUCGGAGAUUUCCUUGUCAAGGAGAUAGAUUAUGACAUGGAAGAACUAUUGUUAGAGAAUGUUAAUUCGCACAAGAAUUACUGUUCCAUUCCUCAAAAGUUCUGGAACCUUGAGGGAAUUCCGAUUACCAGAGAUCAUAUCCAUGUUGGUUGGAACUCUCACCAACCUAAUUAUAUCUAUUUCGUACAAUGCAAUAAGCAGAUAAACUCCUCUCUAUGUGUUGACGCCUCUCCUUGCAAGAGCAAGAACAAGAGCAAAACCAGCUCCUCUGCUUUAGGUACCUACUUGUAUGCUUUGGGUAGUGAUACAUUGGCCAAGGAUUUUGAUGAGUCGUGCAGUGUCAUAGCCCAGGCUCCUGUUACUUAUCCAAGCAUCAAAGGCCGGUCCAUUGUUGAUAUUCUCAGGCAGCUGUCAUCAAUGGGACCACGGCAUCUGUGGUACAGAUCAGCGUUGCCCUGUAUGAAACCUUCAUUGCUAAUCAGCAUUGUGUCUCUCACAGCUGCACAAGGUACAUUGUGUCUCUCACAGCUGCACGAGGCAGAUGUUUAUAGUUUUGGAAUGCUAUUGAUGGAAAUGGUGGGGAGGAGGAAGAAUUUAAAUGAACGAGUGGAGCAAUCAAGUCAGAUAUACUUCCCCACUUGGAUUUAUAAGCAGCUUGAUAGAGGAGAGGAUAUGAUGUUGAAUGAAGUCACAGAGGGUGAAAAAAAACUUGUAAGGAGGAUGAUCAUGGUUGCUUUGUGGUGCAUACAAAUGAAUCCUACCAAUCGCCCUUCAAUGAGCAAGGCAUUGGAGGUGCUAGAAGGCGAAGUUGAACUCCUUGAAAUGCCUCCAAAGCCUUUUGUAUUUUUUGAUAAUGAUCCUCCCAGUACAAAUUUAGUAGAGGAGAUCUUCAAAUCCCUUGAUUCUAUGACUUCAAAUACUUAGAAUUUCAAAGUACUAUUGUAAUUCAUGAAACACUAGUGUUCUUUACGCUCUGUUCAUUUCUCAAUCCUAGCUUGUUUGUAUUAAUGAACCAUUUAAAUCUGUUGCUUCUGAUGAGGGAAUGACAUUUGCAUUGUAACUAAAUGUUAGUGCUUUGGCCAUGUUUGGUGAUUGUAGUUCUUAGAAACAAGGAACGAUGUCUUGUAGUGUUCAAAAAGUGUAAAGAUCAGUUGGUAAAACUGAUUCCAAUCAACAUGAAAGUCAAAA